CACCUUCAGUUCCUCGUUGGCAACAUCCUCACGCUCGACUUCUCUGACAACAUGUUCCACCUCACCCACGUUCAGCAUGUUCUGCGUCACGUCGCGGACUCCAUCAGGACGCUCAAUGAGACGCAUUGCGUUAUCAAGCCCGGUGGAGUUGUCGCGCACGAUGCUCAUAUCAUUAACAAGACGCUCUGUCCGGAAGCUGCUGGAUGA